UGAAAAUAGGUUUUUUAUGGCUUUUAUUUUGAAAAUAGGUUCCAAGGCGCUCUAAAAUGGCCGAAUUGGACGUUGGAAAACAUUGUGAAAUUGAGUCUUGCAAGCAAAAAGACUUUCUGCCGUUUGUUUGUGAUUUCUGCUCAGGGGUGUUUUGUCUUGAACACAGAAGUAGAGAUUCACACUCCUGUCCAGAGAUCUCUGUGAGAAGAGGUGUCUUGGACCCAGGGGUCAGUGCAUUGUAUCCAUGCACAUUUCAGGACUGCAAAGGCAGGGAGCUUCUACCUGUAAUCUGCCAACAUUGUCAAAAACAGUUCUGUCUUGUUCAUCGGCAUCAGGAAGACCACAAGUGUGAGAAGUUGGAGGCACCUAAACCACGAAUGGUGGCAACACAGGAACUUGUACAAAAAAUAGUAGAAUCAAAGAAGAAUGCACCAACCAGGAAAGGGAGAAAGGGGGCAAAAAAUAGUGCUACAGCUGCUAAAGUUGCCCUUAUGAAACUAAAGCUGCAUGGUACUGGAGAUAAAGGAUUGCCACAGACAGAGCGGACAUAUUUCCAGGUCUUCCUGCCAAAAGGUGUGAAAACAUCCAGCCUGCCCAUGUUCUUUAGUUCCAAGUGGAGUGUGGGAAAAGUGAUUGAUUUUGCAGCCGCUCAGGCCAGCCUGCAAAACAACAACAAUGUGUUCACAGCCAAGAAACUGCGACUGUGCCAUCCUGAAACUGGGGAGGCCUUUAAAAUGGAUGCAUGUCUCCAGUCACUGCUUUCACGUUCUGAUUCUCCUCUCUAUAAUGGCGGCAUGGUUAUCUUGGAAUAUCUGGAUAAUGAGACAUUUGGAGUUGAAGAUGUCACAUCCUACAUUUCUUCUUCUUGAUCUAAAACUUCUAAUGUAUAAUUAAUUCUGUAAUAAUUUGGAUCAAAUAUGAACUUUUUUCUCUUAUACAGUCAAGUUCAUGUACUGUUUCUGGCCACAAAGACUGAUUGUUAUCAGGUCAUCUAAUAUCUGUAAAAAAAAAAAAAAUGAAAAGAAAGAAGACUUGCUUAGCGAUUAAGCCCAAGUUACCAGACCAAAUGAGAUAUGACCUAGAUGACGGAUGAAGUUAUAUUUUUAGAAUUUAAGUUCACUGAAAAAUUUAUUUAGAUGUGAUGGUGCCUGUGUUGAGGAAAAUGACCCAAACUGGCUCUCAUCUCAAAAUGAUGAAUUCUAUAUUACAUGGUAAACCAUUUCAACAUCUAUACAUAGCAUCUUUUGAUUAUCAAUCAUUGUUAAAAUUCAGGGGCACUUCCAAUAUCGCAAGAUAUACAGGACUCUUAUGUUUUCAGUACAUGCUAAGAAAUUCUGUAAUGCUAUAAAUAAAUAAUUUAAUAAUGACAAA